ACUCCCUUCGUAGUUAUCUCUACUAGUUUCCUUUUCGUCUUUGUAGCCGAGACAAAACGCUGAGUUUUCCGAGUUGUAGAUUUGAGUUUUCUGUGCGAACUGGCUCGCUUAUGGUCAUGGAUCUGCAUCUUAAGUAGAGGGUCAUCGUUUGGCUUUCUAUUUGUUAACGUUCCGUUGUGUUUCACGAGGUUGUUUGUUGAGUGGGGUUUUUUGGUUGUUUUUUUCCUUCCAUUUUGACUCGUCUGAGUCGAGUCGGUUACUGAGUCAACUCGUUAGUUGGAGGUAAGAGCGACCAAGGAGUUUACCUUGAGGAACCGGGCGGCGAUGCCUUCGGUGGGGAUGAAGCGGAGCAUGAGGGUUUGCAGGAUGAAGAGCUCGGAGAACCGGGUUCUUCGCUCCGGGCGGAAAAUCCGGCCUGAUACCGGCGACGUAAAGCCCAAGAGGCGCGGCAACGACGGCGUUGAAUUCAACAACUCGGUGAAAAAGACUCCAAAGAGUGAAAUACAAAAGUCUCCUGCAGAUGUAAAUGAGAAGCCCAAAGGACUGGGCCACGAAGAGAAUCCAAAGAAACGGCCCAGGAAAGUGAAAGCUGAAGUUAUAAACAAUGGCGGCACUGUAGAUAAGAUGUUUGGGAUUGUUUACACUAGAAAAAAUAAGAGAAAUGGGGUUCAAAAGUGCGGUCUUUCGGAAAAUUUCGAGCCGAAUAUUCCGGUUGAUUCUACCGUGCUUGAAAAUGAUAAACUUGGGAGCGAAGUUAUUUCGCACUCGAGUUUUAGAGCUUUGAAACCAACAGUUCGAAGCAGUAUUCAGAAGCGGCGGAGUUCUCUGAGGAUAACAAGAUCUAGAAACCCUAUUUCUAGUGGAGCUCUAAUGUCUGACCUGAUAAGUAGUAGGCGAAAUGGUAUUCCUUUUUCCUCCGUAGUUUCUAAAAACAAGCUUAGGAGUUGUUCAAUCAGCAGUGGUUCCUCCUCGAACUUAAGCGACGAGAGCUCUUCGAUAUCCGAUUUAUCGGAUUUAAUGCCGAAGGUAGAGUUGGAGUCAGAAUCAUGGCGAUGCUCUGCCAAUGUAUUGAUCAUUGAACCCGAUAGAUGUUACAGGGAAGAAGGAGGAAUCGUCACUUUGGAGCUCUCCGAAUCAAAAGAAUGGCUUCUUGUAGUGAAAAAGGAUAAUAAGACAAAGUAUGCACAGAAGGCAGAUAAAUUUAUGAGGUCAACCUCGUUCAACCGCUUCACUCGGUCUGUGAUUUGGGCUGGGGUUGAUACAUGGAAGCUCGAGUUUCCAAACCGGCAAGAUUGGAUCCAUUUUAAAGAUCUUUACAAGGAAUGUUGUGAGCGCAUGUGCCUGCUUCAACUUGUAGAGUGAUCCCUGUGCCUGGGGUCUGGGAAGUAUCAGGGUAUGAGGGUAAGCCCAGUGUGCCGUUCCAAAGACCGGAUUCGUAUAUCACGAUGGAUGGUGAUGAAGUAUCAAGAGCCUUGGCAAAGAGGACUGCUAACUAUGACAUGGAUCCAGAAGAUGAGGAGUGGUUAAAGAAUUUCAAUGGCGAUCUUUUUAGUGGAAAUGGGCAACGGGAGCAUCUUUCGGAGGAUUGUUUCGAGUUGAUGGUUGAUACGUUCGAGAAGACAUUUUUUGCAGCCCAGAUGAUCACUCGAAUGUGAUUGCUGCUGCUGAUGAUCUAGGUAUUAGAGCCGUUGUUGAAGCUGUUCAUGCUUACUGGUUGAAAAAAAGGGACCAAAGGCGAUCGGCACUGCUCAGAAUUUUCCAGGGUCAUCAGGUCAAGAAGGCUCCGGUUGUUCCACAGCCUUUUCUUCGGAAAAGGAGGUCAUUUAAGCAUCAAGCCAGCCAUGGAAGAGGCAAGCAACCAAGUUUGUUGCAAGCCAUGGCAGCUGAACAUGAUUUAUUGGAAGAAGGGAAUGCGAUGGUUAAAGUGGAAGAAGCUAGAGCCGCAGCAACCAGAUACAUUGAAUCAGCUAUCCUCAAACGCCAACUGGCACAGUUGCUAAUGCAAAAUGCCGAUAUGGCUACAUACAAAGCCAUGAUGGCAGUCAGAAUCGUCGAAGCUGCUAGUCUUACCGGAUCCUCGGAAGAUACAGUCACCCACUUUUUGUUCGAUGAGGUGCCGGUAAUCAGCUAGUAGGGGGACUUUGCACAGCAUAAUGGCUGUUUUUGAAGCCCAUGGGAGUGGGGAAGAGUAGUGUAAUAAUGUAUAGCUUGAUUUAAUCUUCAAUGUACAUUGUGUAUUAAACCA